GAUAAGCUGCAGCCCAAUUGUAUAUGAAUGCCUAUCUCCUUCAAAUUUGCGCCAUAUGAUGGACACACGGAAGAGGCGCAAAGACUCGUCCCUGAACAGAACUAUCCCACAUGAUUUGCUUCACAGACUCCCUAAAAGGCCCCGAGUUCAAGCCCAGCGCAAAUUUGCUCAAGGGUCUCAACCUCCUCCCCUGGUGCACAAAGAUACUGAUCCAGCAGAAUGUCCCAGUCACAGUGUCACUGGGGCGGCUGUUCGGGAGCGCAGCACCUCCUUGGAUGGCAGACCUAGUCUCUUGAGUCGCAACUCUGGUUCAAGCAGCAAUGGGGGGAGAAGCAGCUUUGAAAUUCCAGGGCGCACAUUGGAGCCUUUUGGGCGAGGAAUUUUUAAUCGUCCUCCAUUGAGUGUACCUGUCCGGAAUCAAUUUGAUUUCUUUGGACGAGGACACAAUAAUACUGAUACUGAAACUUCUGCUGGAAAUGGUGUUGAUGCUGUUGAUGAUUUGAUUCUUCCUGGUAGACCUAAAACUGAGGAUUUCCUCACCUUUCUUUGUUUCCGAGGUACCCCUUUGCUUCCAUCAGCUUUUGAUCACUUCAACACACCUCAGCUCACUCUUCUUCAUGACGCCGGUGCAAACAGACCUUCUCGUUUAUCAUCAGAGAAACAAGACGUUGACCAUUCCAGUUGCCUAAAAGGCAAUAAAAGCAGCAGAACGUCUCUAGAUGGUGAUCAUCAACAGCCUACCAAUGGCAAUGGCAGCUCAACCGUCAAGGAAAGUGUCCGCUAUAAGAAUACCGAUGAAGGCUGUGCAAGUUCUGUUCAAAACCAACGUUUAACUAGGAGUGUUCAAAUUCCAGCUUCUAAAACAGAUGUGGUAGACGAGGGCGUGCUGACGGCUUUGCAUCGCAAGCAUGUUACAAGAUCUCGGUUACUCAGCAACAAAAAGAAAUUGUUAAUCAAGAAGGCAUUAGAGUUGAAAAGUAAAUGCAUUCGAGGACGACAGUCUCGGCUUAGUAAUCGUUCAGUCGCUAUCAGUAAAGUGAAUGUUGCUGCUGGAAUUGAGAGAAGAGCGACUCGUUCUUCUGAAAAUACCUCUGAAAAUGAUACAGUUCCUGAGCUUGAAGCUAACAGCAGAUGUAGAGAACGAAGAGGAAAUUUGCGCCGGCGUAGUUGUGAUGAUUUAUUGCCUGAUAGUCAAACUGGAAGAAAGGAGACCUUGUCUCCUCCGAGAAGAAUCAGCAGAAGUAUGGAUGUUCGACCCAAAGAUUGUGUUGAUCAGCCACCAAUGAGAAGAGACAGAAAUAAUGAUGCUCUCAAGAGCCGGCUAUCCGAGGCAUCACCUAGCCUUGCACAACCUUGCAUAACUCCAGAGCGCAGCUUCCGUACAGCCCUUCAUAGACCAGCAUCCGCCAUAAAAUUGGAUGAUGGUUCCAGAAACCAGAGAAUUGAAAUUAGCAAGCACAGUCCAGCACGAUCACCUAUGGCUGUUGCUGCUCUUAAGAAGUCCCGCUUGGCAAAAUUGGCUGUUCUCAGAAAUAAACCUAGAAUAUCAAGGCUACUUCUUAGGCUUGGCGGUGCUUCUGCAGCGGCUGAUCCAUCAACAGUAGAUGGCUCCGUACCAAACCAUUCUUCUUUAAGUCCCGUUCGUCAAACCCGCAGCCAAAUUGACACUCAAUCCUCAGCGUCACCCGAUAAACCUACCCUGUGUCCAUCGAGACUACGCAAAGAACGUCGGAAGCCUUUCAGUGCUCCAGGAUCUGUUAAGGUGGAAGUGAAGGAGGAGAUGCAGGACGACAGUGGAGAGGAAGAUGUCAGGAAAGCUGCUACCAAAGAGCUGCGGAUUUUCAGGAAGGAACCUAAGCUACAUGAAGGUGCCAUUCCUGAAGAUAUCAAGCCGGACAUUUCUACAAUCGACAUCACUCCUUCAAAAACCUUGAGAAGGUCGAGUUUAGGCCUAUCCCCACCUCGGUCUCAGCCCUCUGCUAACGCAGAUCCUCACUCCAGCAUUCUCAGCAGCUCACCACUGAGUUUGAUGUCUGGAAAUUCGUCCGUGCCUAGUACCCCAACUUCUCCUGAAAAUUCUCCUUCUUCAGACGCAUCUUUUGUUGUAAAAGUUGAUGCAGGUUGCCAGCAAUCUGUGCCUCGUGUGAAAAGACCGCGACGUGGCAACAGUUUCAACUCAGUUGUUACUUCAGAGUCUUCUAUUAAUGUUCCAUUGUAUUGUGGCCCUUUGGAUGCAAGUACAAACACGAGCUCGAAAACACAGGAUGAUGCAAACAAUCGUGCAACUAACAACACAUUAGUUUCUAGGUUAGAUAAUGCGUGUAAAUAUUUUCCCGGGAGCAAAAACUCCACUUCUACAGGUGCCAUUGAGAAACAUAAUGUCAGAAAUAAGCCAAAUAGAAGACAGUCUGCCAGUGAUAUCACUCUUCCAGAGGACAGCACUUCGACAGUUUCUCCUAAAUCUGAUGUACAGAAAAUGAGGCAACUCCGCUGUUCUCUGCGAGAGGAUCGAGUCGAGAGUACUGCAAGUUUAGACGUCAGGGAAACGCGCAGACGUGCAAGUGAAGGAUCACCUCAGAGUUCUCUUCACAAGCCAUUACCUGCGCGUGCCGAUUUAGUCAAGGAUGCAACUAACAGACAAGUGGUUCUCGAUGAAAACGAUAGCAAGAACGUUCGUCUCAAAUCCCGUAGCAAAAGAAACAUCCGUGUUCACGGCCGGGGACUCAAAUCCGAUUCGACCUCUACAACGACUACAGAUGCAUCCAGUGAUGAAAACUUUAUUGCGACUGAAAAUGCUACUAGAAAGUCUCAGCGUAUCAGCAGAACGAAAGAGACUGUUACUGUUAUAAAUUCGCCCGGUAAAAUAUGUACAAGAAGUUUAUCAAGUGGAUCUAGCCGAGGUGCUCAGUCGAGGUCUGUGUCACGAGAAAGUUCUUUGAGUAGGCGAAUUGGCGCUUCUUCCAAGGAUUUGAAGGGCUCCAUAAUGCAUAAUUCGCGAGUUACUAAAACAGAAAAUCUUUAUGAAAAGAGGCGCAGUUUAAGAGGAACUUCUAAUAAAAAUCUGCGUUCUGACACUGACCAGAGGGAAUCGGAUGAACCACGCUCUAGUGAAGACGAAACUGCUAAUGACGGAGACGAUGAAGAUAAAGUUGCAACUAAUUCUCUUUCGAAACGAAACUCGUUGAACGAAUCGACUGAUCAGAAAACUAGUCUCAACAAGCGUCGCACUCGCAGCCAUGAAAGUUCGCAGGAAUUGCCAACUGUCAGAACCAGAUCGUCUGAGCGUUUGGGAGCGAUUAUACCACCCUCAAAGAAAAAUUUAUUAGUAAAUUCUAACUGUACCAUUGCGAGUAUUCCGUGCAUCUCCCCUGUCAAGAAAGAAUUCAUUUCAGAUGAAGAAAUAGACGUAGAAGGCGUUGAUGUUCCAAGUAUGUAUGACACCGCCAUAUCUGUCAAGUGCGAGAAGAAUGAUGUCACAACGCUUCAAGAUCGGUUAGCUUCCACAAGUUUAGGAGAAAAUGAGACACGAACUUUGGAUUCAAGCCAUUCAUCGUCAACAAGGUCUUCCAAUUCUUCACUCUCAGAAAAUGCAAGUGCGUACAUUCCUCGCGAAACAUCUAUUGGUGUUCUCAAACGUCGAGCUUCUAUACCUAGAAAGAAAGCCUGCAAUCCUAAAGACAAGAGACUCGAUGAUGUCCUUGGUUCUGUGGCGAAAGUUUUCGGAGAUAACAUCGAUGAAGGUCAUUACAGCAAAAUGGAACGCGAUUUGGCAUUAGGAAAUAAAAGUCCAGAGAAACACGUGAAGAAUUCCCCAUUUACAGAAGUUGAUGAAUCAUCUAUGCACCCCCGGAUUGUCCCCGGAGAGAAAACAACUUCCAACGUGCCUGGAGGCACUAAGAGUGAUCUGGUCAACGGUUUGGACAGUGUGAUGUUCUAUUCAAAUAGCAGUAACCUAAACUGUAACAGCACUAACCAAUCUCCCUCAGGUACUUUGAUGAAAGUGACGGGCAGUUUGCUGAAGGCUCCACGCCGUGGGCCAUUAAAUGCCAAGAAACUUAGUGACGUCGUGCGUAGCUUGGCCGAGAAGAAACGAGCUGAGAGUCCCCUGACUUGCGUUACGGAUGAUAAACCCGACUUCCUCAAAGAUCUCAAGACAAAAACUCUCGAUGAUGACGACAAGCAGAGGCAAGUACGUGAGGUGUGUCUUGGUCCUGCACUUAUCGCGUGUGUUAUGACUUCGACUUCCUCCACCACCACUUUGACUUCUUCACUUCUCACCAUACCUCAUGUUUCUGCUACUUUCACCUCCACACAUACCGUAUCUGCUUGCGUUCCUGCCACCACCACUACCACGUCUGUUAAUCAUCUACCACUGGUCAGCACGAGUGGCUCUUCAAAUUCUAUUCCUGCUAGUGCUUCAUUGCCAAAAGCUCCUGGUCGGACUGAGGCUUCUUCUUUCAUCGCACAAGUAGAAACGUCAUCUAUCAUGAGUGUAUCUCCUUCUAAGAGCUUAUCGAGUGUAUCGCAACCUAUUGUUGCUGAGAGUGUUCCAAGUGUUGCUUUUUCUGUAUCAGAUGGUUUCACUGGAAGUAUUGAAACUGGCAGCAGUUGUGUAAAUUCAUCAGAAAGUGUCUCAUGUUUAUCGGAAGGAGCAAUUCACGUUACUGGGUCGAUUCCUCCAUGUGACGAAGUUGAUGGUAGUAAAUCCAGCAAAGUGCAUAACGGUGCUCCCAAGAAUAAGCAAGGAAUUAUUAAAAAUAGUUUACGUCUUUCCGAACGCAAAUUGCCCUAUGCGUCUUUAGUUUCUGCGCAAAGUGAUAAUACUCAUAAAAAAUGUAAAAUUUCACCACCUGUCUUCAUACCUUCCAGGUAUACCAAAAAUUCUGAUAUUAAAUCGAGUGUGAGUUCGAAUAUUAAAACUGCUUCUCUUAGCUCUAAGGAACAUGAUAAUGCGGCCAAUAAUCUCGUGAAAAAUGACGUACCACGUAGCACUUGUCUAACAGAAAAUGUUGAAAAUGAUCACAUUGAUGGUACGUUAAAAGCUAAUUUUAAUGCCGCUUCAUCUCCACAUCUUGCGGAUGCGCAAAAAUUGCCAUUGCUUAGUUCUGAAGCACCUCGCGCGUCUCGUCUCUCACCGCAAGUAACCAAAUCUUCUUUCACUGCACCAGUAACUCAAGAGGUGACUGUGUCCACUACUUUACCCUCACGUAUGUUUUACGGUUCGGGUGCUUGUCGUUCCUCUACCGCAGAGCGCAUUGCACUCUCAGGGCACCUUAUUGUGCCUCACAUAUCGCUAAAAUCUCCAUCACAUUCUUCCAAGAACAGUAAAGCAGGUGCCAAACAAACUAAUAAAUCGUUGAAAGUUCAUUCCCAUGCUUCAUCGAAAGAUAGUUCUAAGAAAAUCAAUUCGCGACAAAAUUCUUCAUUUUCAUCAACAGCUCACGGUAAAGCUACGCUUAAGAAAACCACUCAUAUAUCUACUAGCGGUGUUCACACUUCGUCGAUCUCUAUUACUCCUAAGGUUAAAAUAAUUGAAAAAACGAGUAGUCGUGGUCCUAUCAAUAGAACGACUCUAAAUAUUCCUAAGGUGAUACCUGGCCAACGUGGAUUGGCCGUCCGUGCCAACAAUGACAAUUUGUUGAAUGUGGAUUACGAUAAUAAUAGAGGUGAUGAAAUUCCUAGCAUCACCAUCAACUGUGAUAACUCUGAAAUAGUCACUCUCACGUCAACAGUCACAGCUACUUAUUUCACGUCGAAACCACUAGAUAUUACAUCCGCUGAGAUAGCGGUUGUUACAUGCGGCAAGUCAAGCGGUGAAACUAAUUUUAUUACAAAAAUUACUGCACCAGAAGUAGAAAUUGGCACUGGCUUGAGAAUACCAUGCGUUUCUUUGGCGCCUGCUUCGUCACCACUAGUGCCAAAUUCAGCCACGAAUUUCUCCGUGACGACCGAAAAUUCUCGACAAGAAUCGCAGCCGACUUUCAUAAAUUCCUGCCCUGGUGUUCAGCCUGCAGAGCCUCCGUUAGUUGAAAACUCGGCAACUCUAAACGUUACUAUGCCACCCACGCCUUCCGCUACUCCGGUCCCGCAAAUCUUCAAUUCCUCUAUGGGCAUUUUUCCUAGUCAGACCUGCAUUCCUCCUUGCAUUACUUCUCAAAUCGGAUCACCGGCUUUGCCAUCUUCUCUGUUAACGUCUUUAGGAGUGCCAAGUAGCAUCACUGCAUCUAAUUUACACGUACCUCACUUACCCAUAAGUGCCAAUUCCCAUGUGGCGUCAACUCUACCUUCUGGUAAUUUACUCAUCUCUGGUGGAGAUUCUUCGUGGUCCCAUGCUGGGGCUGGGUUAUCUCAACUGCCUACAAUAAUGACCUCAUUACCCACAAACGUGACUCAGGUUACCAAUCCUGUAGUCCCUAUCGACGCCUCUGGUUUACCUCAAAAUCCUCUAUCAGGUAUUCAUCUGUCCAAUUUACCUCCCGGUGUUGUAUCUAAUAUCCGAGCUUGCCCUGCCGGUGUGGUUAACGGAGUUCCUGCCGCUGGUAUGAUGACCAACUUGCAGGCAGGUGGAAUCGUACAAAGUAUUCAAUCUCAAGGUCUAAAUGCAAAUCGUUUAUCUACUAUCCAAUCUCCUAACGUCCCUGCUGGUGCUAUUGGUAAUAUUCAGGUAUCAGGGUUGGCUGGCAACUUGCCCAAUUCCAUGCCAGCUUUGCAGAACAACCUCACAUCAUUCCCGACAAACGUUACGCAAUUAUCAAACAAUUUAAUGCCACUCUCCAGUUCCAUGUCUUCACUCGCAUCAAAUAUUGGUAACCAAGCUAGCCUUGCAUCAUCUACCGCAACUCUGAAUACCAUUUCAUCGUUACCUCCCGUGUUUCCAAUGACUGGACCAGUCACAUACAACUCGGUGGCUUCGUACACUGGAGCAGUGAGACCAUACGUUACUUCUGCUCCACAAUUGGCCUAUUUUGACACCACAACAAUGACAUACGUCACUCCAACUUUACUUCCUUCUUUAGCUGCACAUCAGGGAAUUCUAACAGCGUCCUCAGUUUCUUCGUUCGUUCAGCCGGGUGGUGCUAUACCACCGUCGUACACUAUCAUGUCAAUUCCUCCUCAAUCGAUGGCACAAAAUCCUUCCAGUGUUUGUUCAAGUGUUAGUUCAGCUAGUGGUUCGUCGCAGAGCCUCAACACAUCGGUUCCAUCUUUAGCAAGGAACUCACCUAUCAUGAUGAACACGCCGAUGCUGACAUCCAGCCAAAGCGCAUAUGUUUCCAAUAACACAGACGUUUGUUCAAUAUUUCCUCUCCCAGCUGGGUCUCUGAAUUCACCAUCAAAUGUAGGCAUAACUACACCGCAGUUCCCAGGACAUCUAUUGACCGCUGCACCACCAUCGGCUAAUCUGAGCAGCAAUGCUCGGCCUGUAGUUUUCCCAACAUCUGGUGUCAUAAUGGGCGCGGCAUCGAAUCCAACAUCCACUUCGUCUCCUAUUAAAACAACUAAGCAGAUACAUAUAGCUCCCAAACCUAAUAGAAUGACUGUUCCCUGUGGUUCUAUAUCAUCGUCCGUCUCAAAUAACUUCAAGUCAUCUCCUAAACCAAUUCAAAUAGCCCCUAAACUGACUUCUCAGCCACUUACUAUUCCCUCUGCGGUGAACAAGAUACACACUACUCCUCAAAUAAUCACGACUCCCCAAGGGUCUCACCUGAUCCACACCAUUCCGAACCUUCAACCUUUCCAAUCUUUACCUCAAGGCCUGCAAGCUUUCCCGCAACCACUCCAAGGGGUUCCGACUCUUCCAACGCACAUACCUUCGAUUGCAGGUGUGCCGGGAAUUUCUGUUACUCAGGCGUUGUCUCUAUCUGCAGCCGCUCAACUAGUCACUCCUACAGUCGGUGAUAUUUUGUCACAGCAACUUAGUAUUGUCAGCACCAUUCCCAACGUGGAAUGCACUCAAGCGACGUUCAGUUUUUCCACGGCACCUCAGUACUCGAUAGUUCCUCAACACACGGUCUCGUCUCAAAGUUGCAAUGAUGGAGCUUCGUUAAAUACUUCAGUAAAUAAUGGUAUAUCAUCGUACGAUGCUUCAAUCAAGUGCUCUACCUACAUACCGAGCGUCCCAUCCGUCCAAAGCUCCAUCUCGAAUGUGUGCGAUAGCUCUCAUCAUCCCCAGACGACCGAUGAACGGAAAUUUCCCGUAGACGGAUUAACUACAGUUCCACAUGUAGUGACUGAUUCAGGUGCAACCUUGUCAUUGAACGUAAGUAAUGCUACUUCCGUCUGUCCACCCCUCAAUUCGAUUAACUAUGGUUUCCAGCCAUCUUUGGUAUCCACUUCGGUAUGUCAAGGUUCUGCUGGACUUGGUGAGGCAAAAAGUAUGAACAUCGCGAGGUCAAUGGAGUCUAUGACCCAAGGAUCAAUCUCUGUUACUAGUAGCUCUCUUGUUACUCCCUUCAUUACUGUAACGAGUGCCAAUAUUUUACCUCAGUCGGCAGAUGUAAAAUCUGCUGUUACAAGCUCCCCUUCGCCAAUACACCCAUUGAGUCAGUCAGUUGCUGUAUCUUCGGCUGAACUUGUAUCUAACCAAUGUUCUCCGAACAACAAUGACCCUGAUAUCGUUCCUACCUCGGAAAACAAACACGUUGUUUUCUCAGAGGACUCAAAACUCGUUACGUCGGAUCAUGUAUCUGAUCUUCAAAUAUGCGAUACUCCAGAUGAGGCUCUUGGUUCACCUUGUUCGACUUCCGAUUCUUUCAUUGAAGUAGCUGAUGUCUCGGAUGUUUCAUCUGCAGAUGUUGAUCAGUCUAUGGAUGAAGCGACCAAAUCUGAAGAAAAAGCCCUCAAACACGAUAUGUUAAAUUUGAAAACAUCUGCGAAUAAUAAGACAAGUACUGUAAGCACUAAUGAUCUCCCGCAAAAUAGUCUCAAUCUCCCAGUAUCAUCCUGUGAAAAUAGCAAAGUUAAUGUCGUUCCUAUACAGGAAGAACCAUUACAAAAUUUCACAAAUAUUGGAUCCGGCGUAAGUUCUCGGGUAGGUGAAAUUAUGAAAUCCGAUUCACCUAUGUCUCAGAAAACGACCAAAAAUUCAAGCUCUUGCGAUGAUGGCAGGUUGGUAAAGUCAUCGGAAGGUCAAACAAAUGUUGGCGAAGUUAUAAAUCGAGAAUUGUCUGUUUCUGCUUGUGAAACAAUUUCAUCUGCGUCGCAUCCAACUCUUAGUCCUGCUUCUGGUGCAGCCUCCUCAGUUCCGUCUGCGUCACUUGCUGCCAAAAUAAGUCCAUCAAACUCGUUCAGAUUCUCUGGUCCAAAACACCUGUCGGUUUUACCCGCUCCCACUCCGCGUAUGACCCGAGGCGUGGUGCCACUCGUACAUCCUUCAUCUGGAAGCUUUUUCUCGUCCGUCACUCUUGUUCCUUCGAAGAUCUUAACUCCUGUCGUAUCUGUGCCAAAUUCAUCUAAAUCCGCUCCCAUUAUUGAGCAGAAAAUACAAAAAACUGUAAAUGAACCUGCCAAGCAUAAGGUUUCUGGGAGUGAAAUGGUUGCAACAUCUGCUACUCCGGAUGAGAAAAAAGAUCCCUUGUUAAAGCCUCUAAUUAAAGUGCCUGAUGGAAGCCAAAAUAUGCCUGCAAAAAAUAACAAAGAAUCUCUUUUGCAACAAAAUAAUGCUCCCAAAACGGGAGCAAGUGAUCGCCGACCGAUGAAUGUUACUGGUGGUUUAAACUGCAAAAUUCCUAAAUUUGCUUCAUCUUCUGUUACAAUUACAACGAUUCCAGCACGAAUCAACGAUUCUUCCAGAACCCGCAAGAUUACAAGUGGGAAAAAUAUAGUUGAUAAAAAGAAAGAACCAUUAUUAAAACGUCCUCUCUUUCGCACCAAGAGUCAAGAAAAUGUGUCAAAAAGUAGUUUCGCAUUUUCAGUGGUUAACGAAAGUAGUGUAUAUGCUUUCGAGCCUGAUACUGAUUUACAACUUGAUGAAACCUCAGCUUUUUCAAAGCGAAUAAAAAAGAAGAGUGCUGCUCAAUUGAUGCCCAUCAAACCCGCUGCUUGUGAAAGUGAGAGACCAAUCCUUUUCAAAUCCACUUCCGACUCCAAGGUGAAUCUUCGUAGCGCCAAGGAAACUGAAGAAGUGAAAUUAAAUUUAGCCGUCGAAACCGCAGCUUCAAUGGUCAAACGUACACCACGCACUGCGUUUAACCAGCGACUCAAAAAUCGUCGAUCAUCUCUGACAAAUGAAACUAUGCCUUCAAUUCCUGCUGAUUACCAUAACGCCAAAUCUGAAAGUGUGACUUUAGAACAAAACAAAUCAACUGUUUCGGAUGCUUCUAUCACUUCUAAAAUAGUACCUAUAGUGCAAGAGCCUUCGUCGCGUCUACGAGCAAUGAUAUCUCCUACCAAAAUUCCAACAGUAGAAUCAGCAUCAUGUCUGUUAAAGAAUUCCCUGCCCUCAAUGCCUCAGAGUGGUGACAGAUUACUAUCUGGCACCGGAAAUAACUCCUGUUUUGCACUUCCUGUUAGAGUGAGCAAGCAUUCAGCAGUCGGAUCGCUGCCUCCCGUUUCCGAUUCUGCGUCUGAUAGCGAGGUUGGCGAUUGCCGCUUAAAUGUUUCUUCCACAUCAUCCUCUGUUACUGGUAAUACUUGUUUACCUUCUGAAUCUAGUCCAAAAACAUUAUCAUCUCCAAGCCCAUUGGCUCCGAUUUUAAAUCCCGUUUCAUUGCCUUCAACAAGCAAUCAUAGAGAAAUUAAUGUUGCGAGUCAGCCAGGCGCAAAGACUCCAAGGAUCUCUGCACCCUCUGAUAUGCAAUCAAAUUCUGUACUUUGCACGACUAAUGAGAGCAGUGUUGGAAAUUCUCACACAAACACGAGUCCUUCUAGGAUGGAGGUUUCUUGCAAAAUAAAAAAUCCUCCCCUCACAGCUGAUGCUCCGAAAUUCAGUACUGAGAUUUUCACGAAUCCUCCCAUCGUGCAAGUCGCACACGCUGCUCCAGAUAUCGACAUUAUUCGGGGCGUCAAAACCUCAUUUGUUCCACCCACAAGUCUUAUUUCGAAUCCUUCGAUUCUAGGCAAUUCAUCGCAGGUACCAACUAGUUACGGGGCGCAAACGUCAGUUUCAAGUAAGGCUUCAUCACCUCAUACUUCUGUACCUCCGGCACCGCUAGUCUCUUCUCAGAAUUCCACUGCAAACUCAGAAGCAUUAAUUGAGAGAACUGCAGCCUCUUUGCCCAUCAAAAGCGUGUCUAUCAUAGAUGCGACUGCAGAUGGUACAUCCGUUUCAAGCGAUGCUGCACAGUCUUUAACUAAAUCAUCAGGCACAGAAAUUAACAAGGAGCUUCCUGUAUGUAGUAGUAAAUCUGCACCAGAAAAAUCGAAGUCCGUUCAGAGCACAUCGAUCGCAAUUCAAUGCGAUAUGGAUGAGCCCGUAGCCGCUCUCUUUCGUCCUGAGAUUCUGGCGUUUAAUAAUGAAAGCGGGACUCAAACUGAAGGACCUUCAAAACUACCUUUGCCGCCAUCUGCUUCUCCAUUUUAUUAUUUGCCCCUAGCAAUGGCUGCUCUGGGCGAGAAACUUCCUGCCCAACUGGUUCAGCAAAUGUUGGCCAAGACCCAAGGUUUGGUGGGGGCAGCUGAGGCGGGUAUGAUCCUCCAGCAGGCAGCUCAGCUGGCGCAGCAGCACCAACAAAAAGUACAGCAACAAAGCCAUUCUGAUGCCCCGUUGCCUGAACCGCCGCCUGUUGCUAAGCCUGUUCCUGUUACCACUCUAUCUUCGGUUCCUAUACAACAUGGUGCGCUCACGUUAGAGGAAUCCAUCCUCGUGCAAAGCGCUCCUUUUGACCCUAAUGUAUUGCAGUCUAGUAGUAAAGCAGGAACAUCUCGUGCUGUCGUCGACGGCAGUUCACGCACGCAAACGCAACCCAAGGCGGUUCAACAACCUUCUAGAGUGAAAGCAAUGCAGCAACCGCCUCUACAAUUGCCCCAACAAGCGCAGCUUCAGCAAAAAUCUCCAGUAUCUGAUAAAACACAGUUGCCAUCGGCGUCUCAGCAGUUGCCGUCGAUUAAAUCUCAGCAACCUAUUAAAGUGAACAAAUCACCUGCUUCGCCGCAAAAAGCUGGUAUUCAGCUUCAGGCCGAGCAGAUUGCGCAACAGCAGAUAGCGCAACAGCAAAUGCUGCAAAAAUCUCAACAGCAGUUGAUCCUAAAAUUGCAGGGGCAGAAAAAUGUAUCAAAACAACAAUCUGGACAAAAGUCUCAAGUUGAAAUUCAUCCGAAGCAGUCGCACAUUCCUCUCUUUGCCUCUCCCACCCAUUUAAACUUCAAGUCUUCGGCUCAGGCCCUUUCCAAAAAUCAGCCGAAUCGCAAUGUUCCUGCUAAAGUGCAUCCAAACAAAAUUGGAGCGGCAAACAUGAAAACUUCAGUUGGGUCACUGCGAUCUACUUCUGUGGCUCGAAUCUCGGGUCCUUUCAUUGAAACGCCACCCAUCAUCAAGUCGUCCCCUCCCGUGUACAUUACACCGCCUGCUAGGAUAACAUCAGAGGCGUUCAACCCAACGCCCGCAUACAUGGCCUCUUCAUUGUCAUCACAUAACAAAAACGCGCAUAAUUCACCUUCUCUCGCAUCAAAUCAUUCACAUUCGAAUUUGAGCCACACGUCGUCUGGUGUUAUGUCCUCCACUGCAUCACAUAGCUCUGUAAAUAGCGGGCUUAAAUCACCCUCUCGAGCACACAAUGUCUCCAAAUCUGAGCCUUCAGUAAUAUCUUCAACAAUUAACUGCACAGUUCCAGUAACAAGUGCACUUCAUAAUAGUAUACGAACAAAUCCUUGUACCACUAAUGCCUGUACCAGUGCUACUGUCUCCGCCCCUAACAGUUCAGUGGUCGACGACGUUCACGACGCUCGUCUAUCAAGCGUACUCGCUGCCAAAUCUGUCACGGUUGUUUCCUCGACUGCUUUAAAGAUACGAACAGACUCCGAUAGUCCGGUGCAGCUUGUGAGUACGCGGAAAUCUUUAGAGGUCCAUAAUGAGCUUCACAGUGAUAUUGCCGAAGAUAGACCUUCUAGAACGCGUGUUAAACAUAGUCGCAGUAGGAGCGCUGACGAAGUUUUUAUUAAUAAAAAACUAAGACUGGACUCCUUGUCUGACUUGGAUAACGAACCAUCCCUUGUGCUGACAAGUAUCAAACCCGUUUGCGAUGAAGAACUUAUUGCUGGAGCUGUGAAUCGCGAAAACAUUUAUAAUGAAGGUUUUAACGAGGAACUUGCUGAAGUUGGACCAUCAGUCACUGAUCCAACAAUUUCGGAGAAAGAAAUGGGAUCUGUAAGCGAUCGAGAGCUGGGAUCGAAUAAAGCUGCUUUGUUAAAUAAAAGUUUUAAACCAGGCUUUUCGAAUCAAGUUGAAGAACCAAAUAAAAUUAUUACUUGCCACGUUGGAAAAGCGCAGAGUUCCAUGCAAAAUUCUCCAAAUUUGAAAGAAAGUGAAAAAGUAACUUCCGAGCCGAAAAAAUAUCAGCCUAUCCAAGACCCACUACCACGAUCUGGAGAUGCGACAGAAAAACCUCCGAUGGUCAGCGCCGUACUAAGAGCAGAGGAAAAUCUGGCCGGUUCGAAUGCAGCGAAAUUUUCGAAAACGGAAGAGUCAGCCAGCGACCGUGGUGAAAAAUCGAGCUGCAUCAGUAGUAAAGCGAACUCGCUUGGAACAACUUCUUUGAAAGGCAUUGACAGUUAUUCGAAUUCAGUGAUCGCUAAAGAAACCAGUCCUGAAAAUGUGUCGAGUUCCUGUGAAACCAAUUCGCACCCAGAAAAAGCCUGCGAAUCAAAUCCCAUGGUGAAACAUCAUGGGGAAUCCAACCAUACUUUGUUAAGAGAAAAUCAAACUAGAAGUCGCAAGAUACCCGGUAAUUUUCAUUGUGAUAAUAAAGAACCUGAGAAGAGCUCGAAAGCUGUGGAUACUCAAAAUGAAGUAAAUGAUGAAACGCUGAAAACUAGAAUUAACGAUAGCUGCAGUCCGAAGCUGAAAGCAGACAAUUCAGAGUUAUCUGAUAAGAAAGGCUCCAACCGUGAUAUCAGUAACAGCGAAAAACCUGUGUCGAGUACGCCGGAAAAGAAAUCUUCGACGUUAGGAGAAAAGCGCCCUUCGAAAUUAAAGUCGGAAAGCCUUUCAUCAAAGUUGAAUAACGACGAAAACGACACGGGGAUUUCGGCCUCGAACGAUGCUGCGGAGGACGAGAAAGUCGACGACGAAGAUGAUUCCGAGAACGAUGCGACGCCAGUAGUUCGUCGCAGUAAUCGCUCGUCAACCUCAGCGGCGACACGCGCCACGGAAUCCGACCAACAGGGCGUAGAGCAGCUGCGACGGCAUCGUCGUGCUAAACGCGCCGCCGCCGCGCUGGCGCGAGGAGAUUUCCACGACCUCGAAACUCUGUCGGACUUUGAGCUCCAAGACGGAUGCAAGAACUCCAGCCGGAGCCGGCGUCGGAAAGGGUCCAGUGGAGGGGGAAGUGGCCGUGUAAGCAGCGGGGGAAGUGGAUGGGUUUCUCCCAGCGCUGGCAGCGAUGCUGGGGGACUUCCACCCCCUCUGAGUCCCCAACUUUCCCCUGACGCUCUCAGAGGAUGGCCUCCUCCCAGAUUGACCAGCCCUAGCCCGUCGCAAAGCUCAGAAGGCGCCAGUUCGACGACAUCGCAGCGCAGUAGCCAGCGCACGAGCGUUCGCCACAGCAGCGCUGCCUCGGCCUCGGCCGCUGCCCAGCGUCAUCAGUCACCCCAGCCACGGAGGUUAGCACGCAGCAGCCGAGGCUCAUGUAGCAGCGUCAGCAGCAGUGGGGACACUAAGCCUCCCCAGACUAGCCCCAGCGCUGCUACAGGAGGAGGAACCUGGCAUCCUGACCCCAUCCUAGCAGACCGAGCUCCCCAAGUUAGCGAGAACUCGCUUCUAGCGCGAGCCCCGUCGUUCUUCCCCACCGCUGAGGAAUUUAUCGAACCUCUUGACUAUAUCGAGAAGAUACGACCUGAGGCUGAGAGGUUCGGCAUCUGUCGCAUAGUGCCGCCAUCGUCAUUCCGGCCGGAAUGCCGCGUGAACGACGACAUGCGCUUCGUGGUCAACAACCAACACAUACACAGGCUCCUCAAGCGCUGGGGUCCAAACGUUCGCACCACCUGGGCCAUACGCAAGUGUCUUGCUAAGCAGAACAUCGAGCUUACUUCUAAUCCCCUUAUCGGGGGUCUGGAGGUAGACUUGGUGCAGCUGUACCGCGCUGUGGAGCAGCUGGGGGGCCUCAUGACGGUGCUAGAAGAGCAGCUGUGGGGGCGCGUUGCCCAGAUCUGCAGAAUACCGAAAACUGCUCAUGACAGGCUCACUAAGCUCGAUUCCGUCUACUGCAAAUACCUUCUGCCCUAUGCGACGCUCAAACCAGAAGAGCGGGAAUCGUUGUUGAAGGAAGCUGAUGAAGCGCAUGCGCGACUCAUCGGUGCUGUUGCUUCAGAAGCAAAAUCAAGCAAAACUUCAAGCAAGAAAUCAGAGUCCGACAGUCGGGGCAGCACCAAAGACUCGUCUGACGACGAAUCAGAAUCUGACUCUGAGGAUGAAUAUGAAACUCUUGACUGUUUCACUACGGGCAAAAGCAUCUCUCUGAGCGCAUUCUACCGCCUGGCCCGCAAUACCACGGCCCAGUGGUUGCCUGAUCCCAACGGUCUUGAAGUAGACGAGCGCUACUGGUCCAUAGUGACGGAAGGAACGCGACACGUGUGUGUGCAUGAGGCCAGUCUCGACACCAGCGAACACGGAUAUGGAUUUACGAGCCCCAAGAACAGUCCUUCUGCUAAACAUCCGUGGAACCUCAAAAAUCUUUGUCAGAGCAGCAGCACUAUUCUCAGGAGCAUGGGCAACGUUAUUGGCGUGACUUCUCCCACCCUGCAUGUCGGGAUGCUGUUCAGCAGCGUGUGCUGGUACAGAGACCCUCACAGCCUCCCCUGGAUUGAGUACUUGCAUUCCGGUGCUUCAAAAAUAUGGUACGGAGUUGCGAGCAGUGCCGAGGAAAAGCUACGUGAAGCUAUGUCGGAGCUGGUUCCUGAGUUUGUCAAAGACUCGCCUAUCUGGCUGCCAUCUGACACUACCAUGGUUGAUCCCACAUCGCUAUCAGAGUCCGGGGUGCCGGUGUGCAGAGUCGUGCAGGAACCUGGCCAGUUUGUCCUGGUUUUCCCAGGGGCUUUCACGGCCUCGCUCUGCACCGGUUACCUCAUCGCCGAAAGCGCGUUCUUCGCUCGCCAUCAUUACUUUGAACGCGCCGAAAAAUGUUUCGCGCUGCUCGCCAAGUGUCGAGAACCGGCGAUGUUUUCGCUGGAGCGCCUCGUGGUGUGUGUGGCUGGAGACGCGCGGGCCAGCGUCGAAACUCUGACAAAGGCUCGUCCGCUCCUGGCCAACAUCGUGUCCAAGCACUCAAAGUUGUGGCAACAACUGCAGGAGUUGGGCAUGACUCGCACUAAGCGCAUGUCGACCGUGGAAGCUGCGCCGCCCUCAGGUGGUGGUCGAGUCACGCCGACCCAUCCUCGUGGUGGGGGCGGCUGGCGUCGGUCUCGUCACCAGAAGCAGAAAGCUGCCAAAAACAACGAGGAUAAUGAGGAGAAGCUCUGCGCUUCCUGCAUGCAGGAGCAAUACAUCGCUUAUGCUCUGGAUAGCAAGGACGGAGCGAUGUACUGCCUUGAACACGCGCUCGAACUGGCAACGAACUGUCCAUCAGCUGUUGAGCAUUGUACUUUAUUGUACCGCUACACUGUGGGUGAAUUGAAGGCGCUGGAGAAGCAAAUGGACGAUAAGCUGCACCAGCAUCAGCGUGGCGUGCGACGUCACGUUGCUGGCGCAGCAGCUGCUAAACAUCUGAAACAGCAGCCGUCAAUGGACACGGCUGUAGCCUCCGCCACUGAUGUUAUUUCUCCUGUUUCAUCAGCAAGUGUUACUGUAUCAGAAACACCUUCCAAACCUGUACCUACAGCGGUUACUAAACACCAGGCAAGCCCUAUUAAUGUUCAGUCACAUCAACAGGUUCAAAAACCUUCGGCGUCAGUUCCCUUGUUGUCCCCUCAACAGGCUAUAGUUCAUACUCCACCACCUUCAUUCGCAAGUCCCGUUGAAAUGACCUCUGUCCAGCAGCAAAAAUCAGCUGUUCAACGACCGCAACUGGGGUCUCAACAGAGCUUGCAAGUCUCACAGCAACCGCAACAAAAAUCAGGUGUUCCAGUAACACCGCUGUCUCCUCAACAGCAUUUCGCGAGACAACAACAACAGUUUGUUCAACAACAGCAAUUGGCAACGCAGCGGCAGGUGGCUCAACAGCAACAACAGCAGGUGCCCCAACAGCAGCAAAUUCCCUUACGACAACAGAGGCCUCAACAGCAGAUGCCACUUCAACCAACGCCCCAACAACAAAUGCCUCCACAGAUGCCGAUGUUACGGCGCCAGUGCCCGAUCUCUCCUAAUCAAUCCAGACCACAUGCUUCGCCACAACAGUUGUCUCAACAGCAAUACAUGCAUCAACAGUAUCAACCGCCUCCACUUACCCAUUAUCAACAGAAAUCACAACAAGAACAACAAUUGAGACAACAGAUGGCUUCUGGGGGAGUUACCCUUCAACAACGACAACAGCAACUAACUCAAACACAGCAGCCAACAACUGCGCCAUAUCAGCAACAAAUGCAGCAGUAGGUGAUAAUAAUUUGACAGUAGCCCAUUGAAAUGACCUAGCUUUAAUUAAUUAACAUUGAAGAUUUGGGAAAACGCCAGCCCCUCUAUGCUAAAUGUAAUGUUGAUCAUUUUUUUAUAACAACGAUGACGAAAGGUUGAAAAAUAAAUGAAUUUGAAAUUUAUAAAACAUGCCUGCAUUUAAAACAGGAUAUUACUAUUUUUGGUGGUCUUAAUUUAGUCCUGAUUUGUGAUAAAAAUUUCUAAACGUUUCUUCAAGAAAUUUGAGACGAGCGUUGAAUUCGUAAUCGAACUGUACAUGUUAUUGGCUGUUACCAGUAUUCAUGCAUUGCCUUUGUUAACUAAGUUAAUUAUGUAUUUGGCCAAUCUGAUUCACUCCUGCAAGAGAGCACAAACUGUAGGGAAAUAACAAUAUCUUCUAUCUGGUUAUCUGUAUCCUCGAGAAGCCGUCUGCAGUUCCAAAUAAAUUUAUUUGCAUAAUUAAGUUGAAAUUGUGUACAGGUAAUUGGACCCUAAAAUGCAAAUGUCAGAAUAUAUUAUCAACGAAUGUGUUACUAGGUCAUUUUUUACGCAAGGAGAUUUUUGGCGAUAGGCAAACCCAAGUAAAUUACGCUUACUAAAACGAGUCAAUAUGCCUGUACAUGACAUGGAGAGUAAUUGCUGAUGAUGUUCCUGAAUUACUAUAUUGUUACCUGUCUGCGAUUACAAACAUUUGUGCCAUUAAAAUUACGAUUACAAAAUGUCGAAUAUUUUUAUUUGCCGCUUCAUCCUGAUUCUACUAAUCAUGUUCGUGUUUUAAUACUUUCAAUGAUAAUUUUUUAAUUAUUAAAUAUUAUUUGAAGUGGCAUUUUAUCAUAAUUUUCGUAGCUGAGAUAUUCUUGGGACUGAAUCCUUUUUAAUCCCUCAUGAUUUGUUUUUUAGUUCUUCUUGAGCGUCAACGAUUAAAAUAUAAUCUUUUUGAAUUCGGACUGUAAUUACUUAGUUUUAAAAUUUUAGAAGUGUACAAAAUUGGGGCAUUAAUUUAUCCAAUAUUUCUUCAUUGAAAUGUUGAAAAGCGUGCACACGAGUGGUGGACGUGUGUACGGCUGGAAACUAGACGUGCUCUGCUGCAGCUAUCGACUGUGGAGUCUACUUGUAUUUGCCUUGUAUUCUUUUAUUUUUAAUUUGUAUACUGUGUACUGUAUAUUUAUUUUCCACGUGCAAUUAUAAUUGUUUAUUUAUUUCUCAUCGUGUUACUGUUAUCUCCUCUAGUGUUGGACUUCUGGUCGAAAAAAAACACAGCAUUAAUUUCACUGACUAGUAGAAACAUCCUGAACACAGAAACCACAGUAAUUUUUAAUUUAAUUAAAUCUAGACCGAUUCAAUUGUGAUAUGAUGGGUUGCAACUCUGACUGCGUUAACUAGCGUUCUUUGUUCUUAGCCAAUAUUUAUUGUCACAUGCAUUCAAUUGACAAUUUCCCUUGUCCUCGAUCAGAUUGAUAAUAGUAAUGAAUGAGUUUAUAGAUUGAAGCCGGAUGGUGAUGGAAUAUUUUAGAAGAUGCAUUUAAAUCUCAUUUGUGAUUUUACAACGUUCGAUGCAAACCUACAUUGCCAUCAUUGUGAGUGCGAAUUCUUGGCAGGCGGUGAGUGACUGCACUAAUUUUAUGCGCCUUUAUGAACGUUGACUAAGCAGUGGGCGACAUAAAAUUCAGAUUAAAAAUUGAAAAAUCUCACACAUACGUAUGAAUGACAUCGGGUGAAAAUUUAUUUGUGUGUGUCUGUGAACAUUACUUCUUGACCAUUAGUCGGGUAUAUAUAUAAAUAGUUUCAUGUGUUAUAAACGAGGUUUACCGAGGUUCAUAAGGUCAUUUACCGUUGAAUAUUUUCUCAAAUCUUGUAAUCACUUCUGGAGUCAUUUAGAGGUAUUUGAAUAAUUAUAUAUCAAGAUCAAAUUAUUGUUGUCUGCAUAAAGUACAUGUAACUUGAGCCAAAGUCGAUGGUAACAAAUUUGCUGCAUUUAUUAUUUUGCUGUUUUCAAUUGAUGAAAAAUGUUCAUUAAUUGUAAUAUGUGUAACUAACGAAUUAAGGACGACGGAAAACAUAUCUGUAAAUGGGCAUUAUGAAUAUGAUGACGGGUUAUUUUAGGGCAGAUUCUACAAGUGAACUAUAUAGUAAGGCGAGUUCUAUUUUCAAGUGGCUUAGCUUGGUCUAUAUAAAAAGUCUUUAUUUAAUGUUGACAGCCAAUAAUAUCACGCUAUUCUCCCCUCAUUAAUAUAACAUUCUUAUACACACAAUGGAGAGUAUAGAGGCUAAUGAGACGAGUCAUUAGCGAAAACGUCAUUCCUGUUCAAAUGGAUCUGACAUUGAUAUUUUAGGCUUUCUCCCACUACAUGUUUGUUAAUCGCUCAGUUCAUCUUCGUCGCUUCAACAAAGGCGAUAUGACGAUUUGGAAAUUCGAAAUAAAUAUAAAUCACUACUAUUGCGUGUGUCUGUUCAUUGCUGCGCAGAUAUCUUGUUUAGUUAACUGUGCCAAAUUAGGGAUUACUUGCUGAAGUCGAUAUUUACGAUCUAUUUAGUCUUAGAAGGCAUACACGUAAAAACGGAACCUCUUCAUCUUCUUUAUUCGUUAACAGUUAUAUAUUCGGGAAUAUAUCUUUCUUUUCUACCUAUCAUAUUUCCUAGUAUACUCCGAUUGUUUGAACUUCCAUCACUUCCUAUGCAAGUCGUGUAAAAUUUUCAUCUAUGAUAAUUUACAUCUUUUGUUCCAUAAAUAAUAUCAUUUUUAUUUUUACCCAAAUCUAAUGCAUAACGCUGAGAAAACGUUCUGGGAUAAUCGAAUUUUUAAGAUGUGUUCUUAAGGUUAUUUUUGUUUCUGUUAGUAUUUUUAUCAUGAAUUUGAGGACUUUUUAGGUUGUGGAGGUCCUUGACAACCUCCACAUAAUUCAACUAUCGAUGAGAGAUGUAAUGAGUAUGGGUAAGCGUGAUGAAUAAAUGAUUACCGAUUUUAUCAAGAUUACAAUGACAUCAAUUUUUACCUGAUGUCUCCGGCAACCUUGUUUUCUCCUGCUUGUCAACUUUUUCGUGUUAUAUAAUUUGUUCGAUCAUUCAUGAUGUUUGGUCUUUGUAAUUCAAGCCGUAAUUCACAAGCCGUAAUUGUAAUUCAAUUCACAAGUUCUAAUUUGAGCUCCUCUCGAUUACGGGCAUUAUUUGUUGAGAAAUCCUUUUUUAUUUGAGUGUUUUGAAAUCCUGCAAUACACGAGUUUCAGUGUUACUCAUUCGACUCUUGUAAUGCUGCUGAUAUUGCUGGCGAUGUUUGCUGAGUAACUUCAAUCAAAUAGGAUAUCCACUCAUCCUUAUUAAGUAGGAAUUUCCGCUUCAUGUUUACCAUCACCUUAUUUAAAGUUAAAUUUUAAUAUCUUAGCGAACUGUCGUUUUUUUUUAAUUUUUAAUCGUGAAAAACUGACACGCUACGUCAGUUUUAAGAUUUGUGGAAGACCCGAGUCUUGAAUGAUAUUGUAGAUGAUGGUGCUGUAGUUUAGGUGCGUAGGUAAUCCUCUAACUUUAUUUCUAUUAAAACUUUGGCUUCUAAUUAGCAUAGGACUCGAAAGAUCGGUAUUUGCCAACCAUCGCAACUAAAGCUUAAAUUUUCCUCAUCUAUUCCUAUUUAAUCAGUUGAUUUUUUUUCUCCGACAUUCCGAUUUUAUAAUGAAAUUGUGUGACUUUUAGAUGGCUCUUGAAGAUACACAAAUCGCACAAAUUUUUUUCUAAAAUUUUUGCCAAAAUACGAGAUGAUAUUUCUUGCCGCGUAUGAACUUUCUCUCUUGAAUGAAUGGGUUUGCGCAGUACAUUUUUGUGAUGAUAGUUGCUUAGCUCUAGGUUAUAGUGAUAGAGUUGAGUGUUAUACGUGAAUACUGAUGCAAUUACUGUACAAUUCAUGUUCCGGGGUUCCCCUCCAUUUUUUCUUGCUUGUACCGUGUAGAAGUUAUCCUAGUGGUGCCCUAAACUUUUCAGCUAUGCCCCAAACACUAAAAUAGAAUUUGUCUCCCUUUUUUCAAGUGCUGUCGUUCUGUGUUCCGUUCCUUCAUUCCGUGUUUCUUCCAUGCCUGUACUGUAGUAGAUUUCAUCUAUGCCUUCUUGGUAGAUAUGUAGUCAGUAAUUACUCUUGCUAGACAGCGUAGAAAGAUGUUUGUAUUGUUCGUUGUAUGUGAGUUUUUACAGAGUAGAUGAUUGAUUUGAGACCGUGUACAGAUUUUCAAAUGCUUGUUCAAAUCAAUAUAAAGUCGAUCGUGCUAUGCUAUUCGCGUGGAGCAUCAGGCGAAGAGUGCGUUUAAACGCUCUCUUUACUUAGGCUUCUUGUACAAUGCCUUCUGUGAAAUAAAACUAAUUUAUCCCAAAG